AUUCUGAAGGCUUCGUCCGGAAGUGUUAUAUAGAUAUUAAUUACGCGUGCUCUACUCGCAGGUAGUAAAUGGGUCCAGUGCCUGGUCGAGUGAGGUUUGGGUAAAUUCAAGAGGAAACUCGAGGAUUUAGACGGCAGGGAGAUGUGGUGGGUGCUGUGGGUGCUCGCCGCCUUGCUGGCUCUCUUCUGCUGUCUGGAUGUGUGGUACUUUUUGCGGGCAGCCGCUGUGAUUCUGCGGGCCUGGUUCCAGCCUCCAAUCCGGGACAUCACAGCAGAGCAGACCCUCACAGGCCGGGUCACUACACAUGACAUCGACAUGUGUCACAUGAACAAUGCCCGCUACCUCCGGGAGUGUGACUUUGCUCGCUUCUCUCUCUACACACGUAACGGUGUGUUCAAGGCCCUGCGAGCACUGCGAGCUUCAAUGGUCGUUGGGGCCACCACCAUUCGUUACCGCAGAGCUCUGUAUAUAGGGGAGGGCUACGAGCUGCGGAGCCGCAUCGUCACUUGGGAUGACAAAGCCUUUUUCCUGGAGCAGAGAUUUGUGUCGACAAAAGACGGGUUGGUGUGUGCGGUCAUGUACUGUAAGCAGAGUAUCAUACGCAGCAGCCCGGACAAGAUCAUGCAGCACCUCUGUAAGCGAAAGGUGGAGUGUCCUGAGUUUCCAGAGGAUCUUCAACACUGGGUGAACUUCAUCUCCGCCAGCAGCCAGGCUCUCAGGGCAGAGAGCGGGCUGGAGGAGAAGGACAAAUGAGGUGUUGCAUGGGCAACUGUUGAGACUGGCUUUUUGUAAAUCGGCUAACUUACCAGUUUAGGAUUGAAAAGCGCUCUGAAAGAGACAUUUGUCUUCUGUUCUUGAUUACUCGACUUGAACACACUCGUGCCUAUACCUCUGAUAACGAGACACAACAUAACACUCACCUGUGUCAACACUGGAACAAGAUUUUGAAGAUAACUUCCUCCUUUAGGAAAGUAAUAUGAAUGUGUAAGGUGCAUCCUCUUGUGCUAUGAAAGCAAUAAAACACAUCCGUUUUGAA